GUCUCUUCUCAACAUUGUACAACAAAUGCACCGAUUAACCCCAAACUCCCCGAUAAGCCCCUUGCAUGCCGAGUACGUGACGUGUUGACGCACCAAUAACCUGGCGGUGAAUUCUAACCCGAGAGCCUAAAAGCCUGAAAAUCUCAUACAGCUUAAGAAGUGCUUAGCAGUCGAAGGGUAGAGAGAUCCAGAGGAAACUCGUUUCGAGUCUUGUCUCCUCCUGAACUACAUUGAACUCCACGCAUCGUAGUUGAGCUACACACAACAUGUCGACCCUACGCACUAUCGUGGAGACGGCACCUGCCAAACUCUCGUCCAUCUCGUCGAGACCUAAAGAUGCGGCACCAAAAGCUUCCUGGGGACCUUACUUGGAGCUCACACGCUUCAGCAAGCCCGCCGGACUUCUGGGCGUCUACUUCCCCUACUUUAUUGGCUUCCUCUACUCAGUCAACUUGACCAACCCGAAAGCCCUCUCUCCAGCCGACUGGGCCAGGCUGAGUGCUGUCUUCCUGCUCGACGGCCUCAUCUUACGCAGCUUCGGCUGCGCGUGGAACGACACUGUCGACCAAGACCUCGAUCGACAAGUCGAGCGCUGCAAGAAGCGGCCGCUCGCCCGCGGUGCCCUAUCGACACCAGACGCCCUCUUCACAACUCUCGUCCUCGCCAUCUCGCGCCACGUCCUGUUUUACGCUACACUGCCAGCCCGAGCUGGUCAGCAGGCACUCCUCACAACCAUCCUUGCCCUCUUCUACCCCUUCAUGAAGCGCUUCGGCAACUUCCCACAGCUCUGCCUGGGUGCGGGCGUGGGCUGGGCGGUCUUCUUGGUUGACGCUGCCGUCGUUGAUGGACCUUACCCAGCUGCGCCGGUUCCCAUGCUCGAUAUCGAGGAUCGCAGCAAGGCUAUGAUGGCUAUGUGGGCCUGUCAAACUCUCUUCAACAUCACUUAUGAUACGGUUUACGCCUUCCAAGACAUCAGAGAUGACCUCAACGCCGGUGUGGGCUCGUUGGCUAUUGCCGUGCGUCACUACCCUAAGGUGUUUCUGCUAUCGAUCGCAAGCGCCAUGGCCGGCUUCUUGUGGGCCACCGUGUCGUGGGGCGGUCUCACGCGCGGCCCGUACCAGGUUGGUGCCGGUGUAUCUUCUUUUGCCGCAUUAUUCAUGUUGGCCCGGCUCGACGUGUGGGAUCCGAAAGCGUGUAGGAACUUCUUCGUGUACAGUCAGUGGUGGGUCAGUGGGGUACUGGUGACUGGUUUGGUGGGUGAGCUGCUGAUGGCAAAGAUGUAAAUUUGAGAGUCGCCGACGUGAAAGACUCUUGGUCGAACCGUUAAGAAGACUCAUCCUGUGACAGGACAUGGCACUGUAAGGAUGCAAAGAUGACGAGCCAUUUGCGGCUUUAUCAGCUCCUAUGCAUGCAUACGAGAGUAGCCUUAUAGAUAAGGGUAUCUCGAGAAUAACGAACUUAUGAC